CGCCCUGUUCCGUCUCACCAAUCCUGCAGAGAUGAAGUACUUGGUGUUUGUGCUCCUGGUGGCUGCCGCUUGCGCUUCUGAGGUGGAGAAGCGAGAGGCGGAGCCAAGUCGUGUCUUAAGCUAUGGCCACAGUCUCUACCACCACGGGUACUACCCCCGCACGUACCACCGCUUCCACAAGAGGUCCGCCGAGCCUGAGGCCGAAGCAGAGCCUUCUUACCGAGGUUACUACCGUCCCCAUUCCUAUCACAACACUCCCUACGUCCACCACCACUACAAGAGGUCCGCCGAGCCUGAGGCCGAAGCCGAACCUUCUUACGGUUCCUCCAACUACUACCCCUCCUAUUCGUACGGCUACCAACCACACCACUACAUUCCCUCCGUCCACCACCACUACAAGAGGUCUGCUGACCCCGUUGCUGAAGCUGAAGCCAGCUACGGCUACAGGUCAUACCACCCCGUGCAUUAUCACUCCUACCAAUACACCCCCUAUACUCACAGCCACUACAAGAGAUCUGCCGAGCCAGAAGCUGAUCCUGGUUAUACCUACCGACCCUACCAUAACGGAGCUCACUAUGGUUACGGUUACCGCGCUCACCACCACUAAGGUGUUGGGAAUUAAUAUAUCCUAAAGAUAUCUAAAAGAAGUUUAUUUUGAAAACUGAUACAAGAAUAAAGACAAUCUAAAUAUA